AUGCUCACCUACAUUAGUAAAAGCGGUAGACCGAGCACCCAUAAAAUCUGGCGGCAGCCGUCGUCUAGCUUGGAACCUCACCCUUUUAAGGGCAAGAAGGGUGCCUCCAACUAUUUCAAAGAUGUCACCUUCGCUAUAAUGCGGUCGCAACUUGGCGCGUUGAACCUCGCCCAGUUCCGAUAUAUAAACCCGUGGACUACCGACAUUGGGAACAAGAAUGCGCAAAAGACAAUCGUGUACUUACAUGGCGGCGGAUACGUAUUGCCUGGCAAUGCCGGCCAGAUGAAGUUUCUAAUAGACAUGAAAGAUGCGUGCAUCGACGCCGGACGAGACACAGCCAUCCUGUUCCUCGCGUACACCACCGCGCCAGAGGCUAAAUACCCCACCCAACUAACCUAUAGGUUAAUUACUCUCGGCGGCGACUCCGCAGACGGCAACCUCGCAACCGGCGUCUCCUUCAACACGUAUAUCCACUCGUUCCAGGCCAACGCCGAGAAAGACGCCUUCGACGGCCGCGUGCUGCGGCUCUGGUCCGCCGCGUUUCUCAGCAGCGACUCGCCCUUCGCCGGCGACUUCUACUCCGAGCCCGUCACGGCGCCCACGUCGUUUUGGGAGGGCGUCGCCGGCGUAGUAGAUGAGAUUGAGGAGUUCAUGGCACGGUUCCAGAAGGGCUUUGGGGGGGCUGGGGGGAAGGUGACGACGAUUGCCACGGAGCGGGCGGCGCAUGAGGAAAUGAUCCUCGAUGUCAUGUUUGGGUACAAGGAGAAGGGGAAGAGCCACCUCGUGCUGGAAAACUGGGUGAAGUCGCGCCUCUAGGUAGAUUGUGCAUAUAUCCUCUGCUGUAAUAAUAUGUUAAAACGAACGACUGGAUGAC